CUCAAUAACUUUCCUGCGUGAUGCACAUCAAUAACAGGCUCUCUGAUUGGUCAGGGAUACAUGACCCGGUGUGCAUUUGUGGCUUUCCUUGGGAAUAAUGUAAUGUUUUAUGAUUUGUAAUGUAUUAUCAGCACCUUAAAGCAUUUUGUCUCAAUUUUGAGUGACAUUUUGUUGAUCGUCUUGGAUCUGGGAAACGAUGUCGGCCGCAGAAGGCGAUCGCAGUUCGGAACAACUGAAUAAAUUCGAGCAACUGACAGUGAGGCCUCCACUCAGAGUAGCAGGUCUCCAUAUGCCCCCAGCUCGGAGCGGGCAUCGCUGCGUGGCAGACAACACCAACCUGUACGUGUUCGGGGGGUACAACCCGGACUACGAUGAGUCGGGUGGCCAGGAGAACGAAGACUACCCACUGUUCAGGGAGCUGUGGAGGUACCACUUUGCCACGGGCACCUGGCAGCAGAUCCGCACAGAGGGCUACAUGCCCACCGAACUGGCCUCCAUGUCAGCUGUUUUACAUGGGAACAAUCUGCUGGUGUUCGGUGGCACCGGCAUUCCCUUUGGGGAAAACAACGGGAAUGACGUCCACGUCUGCAAUGUCAAGUACAAGCGGUGGUCGCUGCUCAACUGCCGAGGGAAGAAGCCCAACCGAAUCUACGGACAGGCGAUGGCCAUCAUUAACAGCUUCCUAUAUGUGUUUGGGGGAACGACGGGCUACAUAUACAGCACAGAUCUGCACAGACUGGACCUGACCACCAGAGAGUGGAUCCACCUCAAACCCAACAACCCACCAGACGACCUGCCUGAGGAACGGUACAGGCAUGAAAUAGCACAUGACCGUCAGAGGAUAUACAUCCUGGGAGGAGGAACCUCCUGGACCUCCUACCCGCUGGACAAGAUACAUGCGUACAACCUGGAGACAAAUUCCUGGGAAGAGAUCUCAACCAAGCCUCACGAUAAAAUAGGGUACCCUGCUCCCAGGAGAUGUCACAGCUGUGUGCAGAUACGGAACGAUGUGUUUCUAUGUGGAGGUUACAACGGGGAAGUCAUAGUGGCUGAUCUGUGGAAGAUCAACCUGCAGACGUUCCAGUGGACCAAGCUCCCAGCAGUGAUGCCUGAGCCAGCCUAUUUCCACUGUGCUGCUGUGACCCCGGCUGGCUGCAUGUACGUCCACGGCGGCGUGGUGAACAUCCACGAGAACAAGCGGACUGGUUCCCUGUUUAAGAUCUGGCUGGUGGUGCCCAGCCUGCUGGAGCUGUGCUGGGAGCGGCUGCUCAAGGCCCACCCCCAGCUGGCUCAGUUGCCCACCAUGCAGCUCUUCCACCUGGGCCUCACACAGGAACUCAUCGAGCGCUUGAAAUAAAGGAGGGAGGAUGGAUGGAAUGAUAGAUGGACGGAUGGAUGGGAGGAGAUGUCGGGCGGAGAGCACAGGAUUUAUUUUGAAGGGGGUCGCCUUUAAGGAGUUGAUGGUCCCUCUGCCUACGUAGCCCCGCCUUAAAACCAAAAACAAUGGGAUUCUUUUUUUCGUUGUGUUUGGACUUCUGAUGAUUUUAAAGGGAAUCCAAGUGGAAUGUUUCAUGCCCCAGCCCCGUCCCACCCCCAUGCCCCCGCCCCGCCCCCAUCUUGCCUUUGUGUUAAGCAAGGUCGCCGCCCCAGCACACACACACGCCUCCAGCCUCUCAAUCUGCCUGCCUGCAGACCCAGAAAUCAUUUACAGAUUCACGACAACCCCUCACUACUUUCUCAUUUUAUAUUGGCCUUCAUGACUUUAAUAAGAAUGUCAUUUCAAAGGAAAGGGUGCAUGAUUAUUAUUUAUUCUGGAUUUCUCUCUACGUGCAAUUAGGAAAGUUAGACAGACUUGGAGUCAGGUGACAGUUGGCAUGUUUUGUGUUACAAGGGGAAAGUAGUAUUGGUACCACCCUCAUGCGAGACUGGUAUGACAGACAGACGCAGGUUGUUGUCAGCACUUUUCCCUAUUCAAGGCUUAUUAUGAAGGGAUAAUGUCUGAUUUUAAUUGUUGAUUAUUUGUGUGAAGAGCAGACGGAUGCUACUGUAGUUGGGUCUCUAGUAGAGCACUUCCCUUUCACCUCAUCUCACAGCACACUCCUUAUAAUACCCAUUUAACACUCUGAUAGUUAUCAGAUAUACAUACAGUUAUCUCUGAUAUACAGGUAUCUCUGACAGUUAUCUCUGAUAUACAGGUAUCUCUGACAGUUAUCUCUGAUAUACAGGUAUCUCUGACAGUUAUCUCUGAUAUACAGGUAUCUCUGAUAUAGUUAUCUGAGUGUGUCCCAAAUGGCACCCAAUUCCCUAUAUAGUGCACUACCCUUCUUAUCUCCACCAUAGUAGAACAUAUAAGCAUAAGAGUCAAAACACCUGGUCUCCAUUCAUUCUGAACCGUAUCAGUCACUUUAGUUCUUCAGUAUACUUGCGAUAGUCCAUUUGUAAACUAAAUCAUCUGAUCACUGUGAAUAUGGUGCUACUUAAAUUACUUUAAAAUGUUUUUAUUUUAAAAAAAUAUUUAAUUUCUGUUCCAACUUUUACUCCCUCUUUGCUGAUAAUUUUUUUUGGGGGGGUCCAUUUUAAGUAGAAUACUAACAUUGAUCUGAUUUAUUCAGUGCCUUUCCCAAAGUUUAAAUGAUAUUGAAGUACCACAAGCUAGAAAGAAGGAAAUGUGAUGAGUAAUGGUUUAGUUUGAUCCAAACAUACUGACUGUUUAGGAAUGACUCUCUGUUUCUGAUUGUUCUUCCUUUUCUAUCAUUCCCCUCACACCGAAGAGAACAUAUGCACCACUUGGGUAGACAGUGCAUUGGUCAAUCUUUUAACUCUGCCCUUUCCAAACACAUUCAACUGCUCCAUUGUCAAGCGAUCACUGGACAAAUAGUUAAAGAAAGCAGCAAUAAUGUGAGCAGAGUAAUAUUGAAUUAUGCUGCUGUAUUUAUGAAUGAAUUACAGUUUGUAUGUUGUUGUACUUGUGGGCCGAAUCCAAAAAGUAGUAAGUAUUCUGCUGUUAAAUAAAAAAAAUGUAUGCAGAGUGCCAGGGUAAAAUAAUCAACACAGUUCAGAUGAUAUGCUGAGAUGGGGACGUGUUUUAACGCCAAAUAUUAUUGCACCUUGAAUUCAAUGCCAUUAAAAUCUGCCUUGUGGGACAAAAUAGUAUUUAUUGAUCGUUGCCAUGGGGAUAGUUUAAAAUGUCAAUGACUACCCAUGAUUCCCUGCGCCCCAUCAAGGAAAUGCCUAAAUCUGUGCCUGUCCUCGUUCUAUUCCCCCUCUUCUUCUCCUCUGCGUGACGACAACAUAGGCUCCCAGUAUGCAUGAUGUCAUGACAGUCACCUUUUAUGUUGGAAAACAAGUUGUCUCCCCUGGACUUUAAUCCUUGCUGUGCAGCAAAUGGUUAAGGCGACCACUGAAUUGAUAAUUGUAUUUGUGAAUUUUUUGUUUCGAUUGUUGACGAGUCAAUAAAAAUGUACUGUAAAUA